AUGCACUUCAGGUGUCCAGAAUGUGUUGUAUCUUUCCGCUUCUUUCCCCAGUUGACCAGACCUGUUUAUCAGGUUGAUAUCACUGCAGAUGAUGUCAUGCAGGUGGAAUUUCUUCUCCACACAGAACCUCCAAACAAAAUGGUCGCGAGUUCCAAGGGCGCGACAGGCCCUGCCCAGGGUCUGACAAACGGCGUCGUUGAGGUUUCGGUGAAUCCAUCUUUAAAAGACUUUCAUUGUGAUUGGAGGUUCAAAUGUUCAAAAUGUGAACUGAAAUCCGUCGCAAUUUCUGGGACCAAGGCGGACAAGUCAAUCAACUCGUUCAUGGUGGUGAAAUGGGCAUUUGCCCCACACUAUUACCAUGGAUUGGCUUGCAAUAUCCGGGAAGAAGGAACUAAGCGAUGCUAUUGA